AUGACUGUUGUAGACCAUACUUUACCAGACUGUUGUAGACCAGUCUGUUGUAGACCAGUCUGUUGUAGACCUCCAUACUGUUGUAGACCAGACUGUUACUGUUGUAGACCAUACUGUUGUAGACCAUACUGUUGUAGACCAGACUGUUGUAGACCAGACUGUUGUAACCAUACUUGUGGACCAGUACUACCUCCAGACUUUUGUAGAUCAGACUGUUGUAGACCAGACUGUUGUAGACCAGACUGUUGUAGGCCCGACUGUUGUAGACCAGACUGUUGUAGACCAGACUGUUGUAGACCAGACUGUUACUGUUGUAGACCAGACUGUUGUAGACCAGACUGUUGUAGACCAGACUGUUGUAGACCAGUAUGUUGUAGACCAGACUGUUGUAGACCAGACUGUUGUAGACCAGUCUGUUGUAGACCAGACUGUUGUAGACCAGAC